AGUCGUAACAAUGGUUGCUAAGUAACAUCCUUAAGUGUUCACUCGGCAUCAAACAGUCUUCCCUUCGGUUUGCUACUCUUUUAAAAAAAUGUUUCAUUGGUAACAAGAAGUGCGUGAAAAAGGUGAAGAGUCUGUGGUUUGAUUCAAACAAAUGGGGUAUCGAUAGACCAUCGCUUUAGGCAUUCUAAGCAAGAACAACGAAACAGAAGGAAGACGAUUACUAGAAAAACAAAACGUGCAGAACUAAAACCGGCAAAGAAAUAAAAUAACACCAGAGAUGGUAAAAUUACGAAAACAUCGAUGGUAAUGAUGGUUUCCAAGUGGCUGAUUCGAAGAGCACCUGUUCUUUAAUCGUCUUCCAGGAGAAGUAGAUCAGUGUCGGAGAUGAUGCGGGUUUUUUCGCUAUUGUUUAUCAUCCAAAUGACACCCUUGGCCAGAAAUGACGUCAUCAGCACGACAACACGACACCUGUCAGUCACCGUUACGUCAUCAUGGCAACAAGCACCCCAAGAUAUGACGAAUUCAUCAGUGCCGCUCGGUAUAUACCCGACAACUUCGGUCGUCAUGGCAACUGUACUCGAGAAGUCGAGUGACGCGACAAUGAUCCACAGAUCGACUAUUUUACUCGACAAAACGAGUACGACAACAGCUUACAGCGUAACUCGUGCAGUCAUUGACAAAUCAAUAUAUACGACAACGUUUGACAAAUUUGAAACGGCUACGCUCCUUAGCGGAACUGAGAAGACUUUGCUCGACAGAUCUACACUUGCUGUGACGCCUGAGGUUUCAACUAAAGACAGCACAAGACAAACAAUCAAGCUUAACGACACAGCGAUCGCGUACAGUAAUGGCGGGCCAACAGCUACAUUGAGUCUUUACAGCUACUACCAUUCGUUGCCCAAUGGUUUGUCACUACAAACGAGGAGCGUAGAAUCCAUUGAUACAACAGCGGGAUUGAAAACCUGGGCAAUCAGGGGUACGGCCACAUAUUCACCGCCACCAUCAUUAUCAUCAUCAUCAUUAUCAUGGUCGAUAUUUUCACAAAGUCCUGUGACCCUAAAGGUGUCAUCCAUGACCUCCCCCGUAAUGACGCAGGAACCCCUUGAGACGCUUGUUGCUAUGGAGAUUCUAAUGCCUGACAAAGAGGAUGCUGUCUCUCGCGAUAAGCUGGAGGCUAGUCUUGUCAAGUGGUAUAUGCGAGGGUCUGGGUUGUUGUCACGUCGUCGAAGAUCAGAUAUGUCGGAUAACGCGAUCAACACAGACGACAGCGGCAAAGUGGGUCGAACUCGCCGACAGGGGAGAGCAGUAGAGGAGAUCCAGGCAAAGAUUCUGUCCUACCUACGAGUCCCAACCAAUCACAGUGACUUACUACAAAUCAGAUUCCAAGUGUACCGCGACGGACUGGCACUACAUGCAUCAGAUAUUGUCAGAGUACUUGGAGCUCUCUCGGAGAAUGAGAUAAAAGGAAUCAUGGGAUACGUUGUCAUCAAAGCUCCAUACCCUGUGUGGACUCUUCUAUCCAGCACCCCUACGAUCACCCCCACCCCCACGGUCACCCCUACCCCUACCCCCACCGUUUCCCUGUCAACACACAUCUUGGUAGUAGCCGUGGCCGUCCCCAUACUGUUUCUGAUAAGUCUGCCCUGCCUCCUGGUGAACAUGUCUUGCUGCUGUAGUUGUAAACCAAAGAGGGACCAAAGUGGGAUCAUGCGGCGAGGAACAAACAAGUCUAAAUCAUCGCAAAAAGAGAGAUCCAAGAACUUCGUCAACAAUUGCAGGACCAAUACAUUUGAACGUACUGGAGACAAUUCCGAGGACGGUUUACUUCCAAGGUCACGUGCGUCCCCAGCGAUCCUUAUAAGGGGACACACGGACUCGAGAAACAAGCGGAUCAAUAGAAGUAGGGGAUUGAACCACUCCCCUCUACCAUCUCUAGGACCGAGCACCAAAAUGGAUCAAGUGAACCACUUCCCUCUACCAUCUCUAGGACCGAGCACCAAAAUGGAUCAAGUGAACCACUCCCCUCUACCAUCUCUAGGACCGAACACCACAAUGGAUCAAGUGAACCACUCCCUUUCGCCGACACAAGGCCUGGAGAAAACAACAAUGAAACAAGAAACUGAUAAAAGUGUCUUGAUCAGGACAACAGAAGAACAAGGGUCAGACAAAAAAUCCGAGACUUGCGUGGACCCAAUUUUAUUGCCUUUACAAGAACUAGACGAGACAGACAAACAACAAACAAGCAAUGAUUGGACAUCUCAAAGCCAAGUACUUCAAAACAUGAUGACCCAUUCUGCUGCUGUUGUGGAAAAACAGGCGAGGGUGUGUAACAAGACAUUGCCCCCGAUCAUCACUCCACUCACGUUUGAGCGUGACGUAGAAGAUGACGUUGAUGAUGACGUCACUCCACACAUGCGAAUGAUUGCAAAGUUGGAAGCUGAAAAGGACCGAAAGAAAUCAAGACAACGAAUCAUUCGUUUGAGUAGUUGGAGAGAAACCAAGAAGCCAAGUGAAGACUCUCUAAGAAAAAUUCUGUCCAGAAAGACGCGCUGGAAGACACAGGAUACUACAAUCAAAAAAGAUGACGUCACGAGAGGUACGCCUUCAUCACCGUACUCCCCACAUGCAUCACGUGAAUGGGGUAUGUGUGAACACGUGACGCACACGUGCAAACACGUGUCAAGUACUUGGUGUGACCCUCAGGGCUUCCCUCCGUCGUCACGAGGCCCAGGCCACGAGGUUCAUUCCAAAUAUGGACGUCACCUUACGGGUAUUGGUAACCCAGUUUCUCCACAUAGUCGCAUGACAGAAAAGCGGUCAUCCGAUUACAGCAACCCCGUGUAUAUGUCUAGUGAGAUGACGAGCAUGGAGAUGUCAGCUCUGCCGCCCGUGCAAGUAUUUGAGCCCGCGAUGUGGUAUGGAUUACCAGGACAUGGUUGUAAUGUUGAGCAGGUUAACACAAAUGCUGAUGCUCUGUCGCUUUGCAAACUAUCCAGUUCAUUUGAUUCAUAUUUUGUUGUGCCCGGUAACGGCACAGAGCAUUCUAGCGACAAAGCUGUAGCUGUUGAUAAAUUCAACGUCGGGUCAUUUGAAGAGAAGCUGCAUCGAGAUUCCUCCGCGCUCGAGAAUAGGGAAGAUCCUCAACUAGGAACCAGUCUCCUCUCAGUCUCAGGGCACGAGCUGGAGGUCACACUACGGAGGACUGAGGACGAGGCCAUGCAGCUGGUCAAUAAUGUUUUAGCGCGGGCGCACUCUGCCCAUUACUAAACAAGCAUGAAUAUCUACGGGUCUUCUUCGCUCUUCAAAGUUCGUGUACAUAGGGAAAGCUAAAUGAAUUGAUCAACGGAUGACAGGCAGUGUAGUCAGGUGAGCCUACUAGUAGCCAUACAAUGAUUAACACAUUGUUUGAGGGUUUAGCUGUCAUUCUAAUGGGAAUGACAAAGAUAAAUCUAGAACAACUUUAUAAGCUUUAAUAGCCAGAGAUGCCCAACUGCCGUGCCAACCGCUGACAGGCCCAGCUUAGACGAAGCUAAAAAUUUCGUAUCGAAAUCGGCAGUGUUUAGGGAGCGGUCAUUAAUUACUGGGGGGGGGGGGGGGGUAGGCCGGCAUUUUUGCAAAACCCCGGGCUAAAAAAAUUUGCCCCCCCCCUCCCCUCAAAUCCAAGCCCCAAAAUCCUGACCCCCCCCCCCUCCCCCUAGACCGGGCGCCCAAAAAUUUGCACACCCCCCCACCACCACCACCGCAACCACCUCCACAUUUUCAUAUUUAAUAAUUAUAUUUCUUUAAAACCACAGAGACUUGAUAUGCAUACUGAGUGUAACUGAAUAUAACCUUUACUAAAAUAUAGAUCAGCUAGCAUGGCAAUUUUGUCCUAUUUAAUUUAAGUAUGAAUCUUCACUUUCCCUAGUGGCACAGAGAUAAACAACAAAUACCGGUGUUGCUAGAUAACGACUACGUCGUCAAUGACAUUAACAAAGACAUUCUAGUUUUCGCAACAUUUUAAAGUAUUCGUUUUGUUCAACUGAUAAGAACGGGCAGUUUUAUUGUCUGUCAACCAUGAGAGGGAUUCUCAAAAUUUAUUUAUAUAAAGAAAAGAUUUGUACUUGAACAAUAUGGAACUAGAUAUACAAUAGUAGGAAACAUUUUGAACUAAAAAUUUACAUUUGAACAAUGACUCUCUUGCUCAUUAUUAUAUUAAAACAGGCUUAAAUUCGGCGCCCAAAAAAUGUGACCCCCCUAAAAAAACAUAGUCCCCCUACAUAUUUGCCGCCCCCCCCUCCCCAGAAAUAAAUGACCGCUCCCUUACACGUGACUGUUCGAAUCUCCCGCACAGUUUACACGGGUUUUCCUACAGCUACUCGUAUCUUUUUUUGCAUCCGGUCAGCUUGAUCCAAUUUUAUCAGAACGUGUAGCCAUUCCAUUUAAUGAAUGGUGCAGAUUUCGACCAGUACCGUGUAAAAGGAGCUUUUGAGGUGCUGCGUGAUAAUCCGGCAUAAAUACAAUACACAAUCAGAUUCGUCGAGGAAUAUUCUUUUAAUUCCCAUAUAAAGGUAAAAUAAAAAUAAUUGAAAAGGAAAAGGAAAAGGAAAAAAACUAGCUAGUAGAAGUGUACUUUCUCCCUAAAAUAUUUUUUUUUAGAAACACAGAUAAAUAUAAAAACUUUUUGUUGUCAUAUUUACAAAUACCCUAUUUUCAAUAGGAAUAAUAAAUAGUUAAGAUAGUUUAGUUUUGAGCAUGUAUGUGAAUGAGGUUAUUUAAAUGAUACAUUUCAAAGCAUGCCACCUUUAAAUUGAAUGUUAUAAAUGGGCACAAAAAAGUCAAGAUCACCAAAGUACGAAUUAGAUAAUUGUAAAAAGGAAAAUAGAUUGCAAGUGGCAAAAUGUUUUACCUAGCGCUAUACCCAUCUCAUGGUGUGCAGGUUGAAGGGCACAGGAGAGUUCUUGUUCACUUUUUUCCUGCAACCAAAUGUAAGCAAUGCAUCAGUAAACAAUUUUUCGCUUGAA